UGACAUCUGACUCAUGACACUUCAGUCAAUUCGCAAUUGUGUACGUAAACAUAUCAGACAUUCGCAUAUGAACAAACUUUAGUGCCGAUAACUCCUUGCAGAAAGUAAUUGUAAAGAAGUAAUUGAGCCAUAGCAAGACGAAAUAUGUUUAUUUAAUUUCGAGAUUCCUUAAUUAUUGUAACAGCCUCGUUGUGCUUAAUUUGUUAUCAUUGGUCUUGAGAAUCUAUUUAAAUAGAAUGGUUGGUUACAUUAACGAAAUGAUUAACUGAUAUCAUUAACAUAUUUAGUGUGCACAUAGUGUUCUGUACUUCUGUUUGCACUUCUUGAUUAAUUUACUACAGGCACUUGCAUAACAUUUUUAUGUGACUCUUUUAAAUUAUCUCUAUAAGUAAAUACAUGAUGGCUUACAAUAAUAAAAUGAAGUUAAUGUUCGGAACAAAACGUUUUAUAAACGGGAGAAUUUUCUCAAAUAGUUUUUUUAACGGCCAGCGGCUAACACACACUAAUAUCCAAACAGACAAUCAAUCAAGUGAUAGUAAAGUGGCUCCGCUUGUAGACUUGUAUGGUCGCCAACAUAACUAUCUUCGAAUAUCUCUGACCGAGCGCUGUAACUUGAGAUGCCAAUACUGUAUGCCGGCGGAGGGCGUGCCGCUCAGUGCGCGCGAUGCGCUGCUGUCGCGCGCGGAGCUGCUCCGUCUGGUGCACGUGUUCGCCGCGCUCGGCGUCAACAAGCUGCGGCUCACGGGCGGAGAGCCCUCCGUGCGCUCCGACCUUGUCGACAUCGUCCAGGAGCUGAGCGGCGUGCCGGGCGUGCGCACGCUGGCCAUGACGAGCAACGGGCUGGCGCUCGCGCGGCGCCUGCCCGCGCUGCAGCGCGCCGGCCUGCGCGCGCUCAACCUGUCGCUCGACUCGCUGCGCCCGGCGCGCUUCGAGAGCAUGGCGCGCCGACCGGGCCUCCCGAGGGUGCUGGCGAGUAUGGACCUGGCGUUGCAGCUCGGCUUCGACUCCGUCAAAGUCAACACCGUUCUCAUGAAAGGUUUCAACGACGACGAAAUCUCAGAUUUCGUAGAAUUGACUCGGGAGCGUAAAAUCGACGUCAGAUUCAUCGAGUUCAUGCCGUUCUCCGGCAACCGCUGGCAGGACGAGCGCCUCGUGAGCGAGCGCGACGCGCUGGCGGCGGCGCGGCGCGCGCACCCGCGACUGGCGCGCGACGCGGACGACGCGUGUCGCACCGCCACGAUGUGGCGCGUACCGGGCUACGCGGGUCGGAUAGGGUUCAUCUCCUCGAUGACGAAACCAUUCUGUUCGUCCUGUAAUCGCUUGCGACUGACCGCCGAUGGCAACCUCAAGGUGUGCCUGUUCGGGGAGGCGGAGACGAGCCUGCGCGAGGCGCUGCGCGGCGGCGCGAGCGACGCCGACCUGCACGCGCUCGUGCGCGCCGCGCUGCGCCGCAAGCUGCCGCAGCACGCCGCGGCCCUCCCAGUCGCGCCCCGCCGCGCGCUCGCCCGCAACUACUGCACGAGCGCGCCCGAGCCGCCGCCCGCGCGCCGCCGCCCCGCCUCCGAGCUCACGCACCUCGACGAGCACGGGCGCGCGCGAAUGGUCGACGUGGGCGAGAAGCCCGUCACCGCGCGCGCCGCCGAGGCCGAGUGCUUCCUGGUGGUGGGCGCGCGCCUGCUGCGGCUGCUGCGCUCGGCGCGCCUGCCCAAGGGGGACGCGCUGACCGUGGCGCAGGUGGCCGGCGCGCUGGCGGCCAAGCGCACGGCCGACCUGAUCCCGCUGUGUCACCCGCUGCCGCUGGAGCUGGCGCACGUGCGCGUGACGCUGCCGCGCGGCGAGCACGACGGCGGCGGACGGGUGCGCAUUUGGUGCGAGACGCGCGCGACGGCGCGCACGGGCGUGGAGAUGGAGGCGCUCACGGGCUGCGCGGUGGCGGCGCUCGCGCUCUACGACAUGUGCAAGUCGGUAGACAAGGGCAUGUCGAUCACGGAGCUGCGCGUCGUGCGCAAGUCGGGCGGCAGCAGCACGUGGCCGACGGAGGGGAGCAGCGGGAAGGGAGGCGAGGGGCCGCAUGUUCGCGCACACGACACCUCCCCGCUGCGGCCGGACGAGACCUAUGCACCGACUAAUUUUAUGUACUUCUAAUUAUGUAUUCCAUAUGUAAUAUAUUUUUUAAUUAAUUUGUAGCAAUUGUCAAUUCGCCCUUUUUAGGCGUGACUGUUAUAAGUAUGUAUGACUGUUUCUGGGUUUAAUCACUUUUUCUCAUAUUCACCCCAAUGAAGAUUGCAAUAACAAUACAUUGGUUUAAUAAGCGGCCUACGUCACAUUGAAAAUACCCUUUUAGGUACUUUUAUUUACAGAACAUAAAACAGAACUGAACGGAAUAUUCGAAUGUGACCAAACCCAGAACUGCUCAUUAUUAUAUAAGAGUUAUUUUUGAUAAAUAAACUGUAUUCAAAGAGGAAUUAAGUCACUAAAUGUAAUAUUAUACUGUUUUAAAAUGGAUACUGAGGUUUAUAAAACUUCUAUUAAAUAAUAACCUUGUUACAGUUUAAAUUUUACUUUGGUAGUUUUAUAAAAAUGCUGAAUUGUAAUUAUUUUUUGGAGUUGUAUAAUGUUAAUUGAACAUGGUGCUAUAAUAAGUGUAACUGGAACAUUACAGAAAAACUUUCAUUUUGUAUAAUUAUUUCUUUUUGUGAAAUAAUCUUAUUUAAUGUUUUUACAUGUUAAUUGAAUAAUUUGAAUUUAAUUUUUUUAAAUAAGCUAAUGUGAGCAUUUUGCAAUUUGGUUUCAAUACCAGCUGGUUGUGUUGCAUGAAGUAAAAAAAUAUUUCUAAUUCUGUAGUGUAAGAGAAGUUGAUGUUUAGACAAGGCAACUGUAAAUGUGAUGUACGUAACUGACAUACUGUGCUAUGAUACAUUGUAAAGGGGAAUGUGAUAUUUUCAUAGUACGGAGAUAGGUUGAUGGUAUGCUCAUAUCUGAUAUUAAGUUAUAUUUUUUAAUAUUGCAGGUAUUUUAUUAAAUAAAAACAUAUAUUUUAUA